AAGAACAUCAGUCGAUUCCCUACUCUCGUCAAGUUCGAAGUCUGGCAAUUUUUACCGAGAUCUUAUUUAUUUAAUUUUAAAAGAUUUUUUUAAAUAAUUUGCCAUUUCUUGUCCUUGAUUUAUCUUAUAGUCUUUGAUUCAAUUUAUGUUUAAGAAAGGAAUAGAAAAGAAAGUGUCUUUAACGUGAAAAUGAUGGCCGGCCGUAGUGGCACUUAUUCUUUUGACGGCAACAGUGAAAGCCAUUUUACAGCAAAGUCACUCGACAUUGGAGAUGUCUCAAAGAAAUGCAGCAAGAAAGAAACGGUGAGCAUCUCUGGUGACGUCGAUGAGGUGGAUUACGCCAAGGAUGUGGAACCGGCGGCUGAACGCAGACGACGUUACUUUAGUUUGGCCAUCAUCACGCUCACGGCCUUUACUUUUAACUUGUCCUUCUCCAUCAUCCUGACGAGUGCCAAACCCUACCUCGAUCAAAUGGAUCCUGAAGCUGGAACACAAUUUCUUGGUUUGUUCAUUUCUGCCCAGCCGUUGGCCCAACUCUUUUUUAGUCCGUUGCUUGGCUUCCUGGGCAAUAAAUUCGGCUCGAUUCGAAUCCUGUCCAUCUUGUCGACCCUCGUCCUGGCCACGGGGUUCGUCCUCUACGCCUGCGUUUCUGCUUUGCCUGGACCUAGACGCUGGUACCUAUUCGCUGCCCGUUUCCUCAUCGGGGCCGCUGCAGGAUCGACUACCUUGUGCUUUAGUUACAUCGCAUCCGCCACGACGGUGAAAGAGAGAACGACGGCCAUUUCCCUCUUUAGUUUGGCUGGUUCGACGGCCUUUGUUCUCGGCCCGGUGAUUCAGUUGGCUUUUGCUCCGCUGGGCGUUGGGACAGACAUGCCGAUCGGAGGCGAUCUCUACAUUAACUUGUUUACGGGUCCGUCGUGGCUGUCGGCCGGCAUGGCUCUGUUCAACGCGUUCGUUUUCCUACCGGGAAUCUUCAGCGAGCACAACGUUGCCAAGAAGGAAGGCGAUUUCGUGGCCACGAUGGCGGCGAAGAAGAGGUCCGGCAAAGCCACGUGUCCGUCUCCCGGGGAAAUGGCCGAAAAAAUCCAAAAACAAAAGCGGCCCGAUAAGUGGGCGCUGACUGUUUGUAUCGUCAUUUUCGCCUCGGUUCAAUUCAAUUUCAUUUUCCUGGAGAGCGUGGCCACGUUGCUGGUGAUCGAACAGCUGGGCUUGUCGGAGAAAUCGGCCAUUAUUGUGGUAGGACUCGCGUUCGCCGGUGCAGGUGUUUACAGUGGACUCAUAUUCGCCAUUUUAGGUCCUUUAGCCCGCAGAACGGGCGAAAGGAUCCUGUUGAUGAUUGGGGUCUUCUUUCUGGCCUUGGGGCCCGUCAUGCUGUACCCGUGCACUGGUCCACCGCCUCCUCUCAAAUACUCUGACGUCGGCAAUAUAUCCACAUCGUUGGCAUUUGAAAAGGAGAGUCUAAUUGAGCAAUUGACUUUCAGUUACGGAUGGCUCUCCGUGCCGAUGCCUGUGAGUUCCAGCAACAACGUUUCAGGAGGAUGUCCAAUUGAUCUCCAGCCGUGGUGUGGGUACACGUCGGCUAUCCGAUGGCAACAGCUGAUUGCCGGUUUCAUUUUGAUAGUCACGGGAUUUCCAAUGGGGGCCGCCAUGACGAACGCCAUUUUCAGCAAAAUAAUCGGCCCAUUUCCACAGGGCACUUGGAUGGGUAUUUUAGCGGCCGGUGCUUGUUUCGCUCGAGUCCUCUGCCCCAUUUGCGUUACCAACAUUUAUUCGGUUUACGGCCCGCUGGCCACGUUCGCCUUCAUGACGGGCGUGAUGGUCCUCGUCUUGAUGUUGCUCGUCAUCUAUUACCGACAUCUGGUUCCCUAUCGGUACGAAAACAUUGAAGAGUCUGUCCCUUAUUUAAUAACUUAAGAAAAAUAUAGUGCACCUUUUCGAGGGGGCAGGUCACUGAGCGUAGCCACAUGAAUACAUUACCGAGUUAUUUAUAAUUAA